AUGGAAUUUUAUAAAUUACAAUCAGGUGGUAAAAUGCCGGCUGUAGGUUUUGGAACAUUUCUGGCUACAGGCGUUGAACUAGAGAAGUCUUUAAAUAUAGCACUAGAAACUGGCUAUAGGUGCUUCGACACAGCCGUCGGUUACAACAAUGAAUCAGUCAUCGGAAAGGUUUUGAACGAAUGGAUAUCAGCUGGUAAAGCGACUAGAGAAGAAUUGUUCGUCAUAACUAAACUCCCGAGCUAUGGAAAUCGGCCUGAAGAUGUAGAUAAAUAUAUUAAGCAAUCACUACAAGAUUUACAGCUAGAUUAUAUUGAUAUGUACCUGAUACACCUUUCAAUCGGUCUAUUUAAAAAUGGAAAAUCUGAGUACAGUGAAAUGGAAUUAGAUAAAAGUACGGAUCACCUAAAAAUUUGGAAGAAAAUGGAGGAACAAGUGGUCAAUGGCCGAGCGAAAUCGAUCGGCUUGUCGAACUUCAACAUCAAACAAACACAAAAGAUAUUAGACAAUUGCAAAAUUAGACCCGAAAGUCUCCAGAACGAAAAUCAUUUGUAUUUGCAAUCUCCCGAAGUGGUGGAAUUUUGCAGACUUAAUGAUAUCGUCUUGAUCUCGUACUCUAGUCUGGGCAUGAAAUCAUUUAGAGAAUUAGCGACGUUAUCUUGGAACAAUAAACAGUUACCAGAAAUGUUGGAGAACGAAGUGUUGGUGAAGAUUGCAAAAAAGUAUGGUAAGACUCCGGCCCAGGUGUUGUUGAGGUUCAUCAAUCAGAAGGGAAUGUCCGUCAUACCCAAGAGCACGACCCCAAAACGAAUAGUGGAAAACUUUCAAAUUUUCGAUUUCAAAUUGAAUUCGGCAGACAUGGACGCUCUACGCAGCCAGGACAACGGAGAAGGAGGUCGUAUAGUGCGAUUUACAAUGAUUAAAAAUAUUGAAGAUCACCCAGAAUAUCCAUUUUGAUCCUGUAAAAAUAUAAUUAUUAUACAAACUGGUGGGUAACAUAAUAUAGGUAUUUUUAGAAAUGAUCGUUUCUUAUUGAUGUUUAAUAGAAAAAAAAUCAUCAUCAUUUUAAUUUGACAUAGAAAUACGUAGUUAUUUUUAUUUGCUAUUAGAUCAUUUACUUUACAUCCGUACCUACAAGCAAUCGUGAUUCAUGACAAUGACUGGGUAUGAUAAAUCAAAAUAUUUCAUUUUUGACCGUCACAAUAUUAGAUCUCAUAGACAUAACAGAAAUUAUUGCCUCAUCUUGUGUAAUAAAAUUACUAGUAGCGGCCACCGACUGAAAUUUUUCAUAUACUUAGUAAAUAAUUAUAUAAUAUACUAUUAGGUAUACAGGUAUGUACUAUGUAGAUUUUUUUUAGUCCAGAUGUCAUCUUAUCUAUUUGUUGGAUCAUGAAUCUAACACCGACAAUAAUUGUAUUUUGAAUGUAAUUAUUCAACUUUACCAUAAUGUUCAAUUUCCAUGUGUAACGUUUGUGUGUUUAAAUAAACUAUAGUGAAAUCGAUAAAAUGUGAUGUGGAUAUUAUAUCA